AUAUACUUAAAUGGUUUUCUUAGGUGUCAGGCAUUCCUGUGUAUUCAUUGUGAUAAAAAUGCAGCAGUGUUGAGGCAAUAGUGGUGGGAUUAGCUUUGCAAGUAGCCUAUCUAAUCCAGAGACUGGAGGAGAUGUCCUUGCAGAGUUGGUAUUUAGGGUGGUACGUGCUUACUGUCAGCGUUGGAAGUGGUUGUCAGGAAAAAUCAAUGUUAGAGAAAUUAGGAGAUGAAGAGCAGUGCAUCUUCAUGUCAGACCGACAUUUCACUGAUCAGGUAAGUAUUCCCCAACAAACUGAGGAUAGGACUGAGAGUGGGGAUUGGGACUAAUGAGAACCUGUAAAUCAUGGUGUUCCAGCAGCGAAAAUGUCAGCUGUGACAUAAUGAAAGCUGUAUAUUGUGGCCUGUAGAAUUUCAGAUGAUUCAUGUGCAAAAACUGAGUGGCUGGUUGAAUCAGGGGGGCAUGCUUUGAGAACACCCUUUUCUUCAGUGCAUCCUGUAGGUGAGCGUUGAAGGCAGAUGAGUUGGAGCAUGAUUUUGAGGCAUUCUUUGGCUCUGCUGCAGAUAAUAUCUCUGUGCUGGCAGACACUGGAAUUACUGAUGGUACUCCAUAAAUACUGUGUGCCUUGGGAAACUCAGCUUUCUAACGCCAAGAUAAUGAGGCAUUUGGAUCUGGCAAAAGGCAAAGCAGAUGAAGAGGCUGACAAAGGAGCAGGGAAGCCUCCAGUGCAGUGGGCUCUCUGGGAGGUUUGAUGGAGGAGGUGUAUCUUAGCUACCAGUUACUGAUACCAGGCAUGUUAUUUAGCAUCCUAUGUAAUAAUUGGCAUCUGGUGAUCCAGUGACACUGAAGUGUGUCAGCUGAAUGACAUGACAAGGCUGGCACAGCCUUCAUCUGAGGUCUCCAGUGGUCAUCCUGUCCUUUCUUUAGGUUGAUUUAUUUGUGUGUGCAUUACUUCUGCCAUGAGGCACAAAGACCACACGAAGAUAAUUUUGUUAUUCUGGUAAAGUGUCAGCCAGCAAGGCAUUGUGUUUUCAGAGCAUUCACCUUUCCUACUCGUUGUUUGGGCUUGAAGCUAACCAAGAUUUGACAUAAUACAUAACCCACAAGCUUCAGAUUAAGGUAACAGUUGGACAGAAGGACAAACCAUUCUACAACAUUAAUUACCAAUGUAUAGGUCUGGUUUUAUGAGAAAUCCAGGAGAAUGAGAACACUGAUGUUGGCUCUAGUGCAGCAGCAUUUACCACUGUGUAGUGCCUUGAUUUACCGUUAGUGAAAAAGAACAAAUAGAAAAGUGCAUGCAUUGGCCUUAGGACAUGUUAACACUAAUUAUCAUGGGAAUGCUUUUCUGUUGAUCCACCUCAUACAGCAACAGUAUUUUUGUUGAGCGUUGUAUCUGGUGCUGCUAACGAUGGAGGACAGUGAUAGGGAUAAAGGGCUGCCCAUGGAAGAGCACUGUGCAGCCUCACGGGUGGGCAGAGGAAGCAUCCCUACUCACCAAGUCCUACAUUGCUCAAUGAUGUCUAAAGUUUCCAUCACAGCAGAGAGGACCAAAUAAUUAACUGAAUUCAAGUAAUUGCAAACAUUGCGGAGCAGAGGAAGGUUGUUUGCUUUGGGUUCUGCUGAGCUGUGGUUUUCUGGAAAAGCUAUUGAAAGCCAGAAUGAAUUAAUGAUGCUAAGUGGUAGUUUGUUUACUCCGGGUGUGGAACAGACAGCUUAAAGAGCGCUAAUUGGUCACCUCUAAUGUGAGUUUCUUUUACAUGAUUUUAACAGUAACUAAUGUUUCUAAUAUUUAUUUAAGAAAACCCAUGCAUAAAUAUCUAGGGAUUACAAUGGAAUAACUUUUAGAAAACCUUCAUGAGAAAAGCAUUUCAAUUCCAGUUCCAUGUUGAUAGAAAUUAGGAAAUUGAUGUAAUUUUGACUUUAUUUUAACAAGACUAAUUAGAGAAACUUGUGCAAGGGAAGAUUUCCUACUGCAUCUAUUAUGGUCCCUGCAGAGCAAAGGGUUUAACAGUGCUAAUAACAAAACAGGGUGAGAGGAAGGUCGUGUUUAUUUGGGUGCAGCAACUGGGCUCUGGGUGCCCCCUCUAGCUUGGCUCGAUGGGGACGAGCUUUUCUAUCAAGAGAAAAAUGAACACGGGAAGUUUGUUCUAAAGGACAAUCAUAUGAGGCUCAGCUCGUUGUGUACUAAACUCUAUUUGGGUGCCUGCAGCAUAGGGCUGGAAAUAGCCUGUUUCCAAUUAUUUCCAGUUGAGUGCUGGCUGCACGUGUCAGCAUCUUCCUCUGCAGCCCGGUUUUGGACAUGCUUUGGGAACGAGCGAAAGCGUUGGGUGCCCAGACUGUGUUUGUGCUGCGCUGUGCCAAAACCCACUUGUGGGAGCUGAAGGGCGGUGUGAACUCUGGGUGAACUGUAUGGCCCAGAGCCCUGCUGCAUGCUGGUCGUUAGCUGCUAAAGAAAUACACUGGGUUGUUUAGCAGGAAGAUACGGCACAGCAGCAUGAAUGGGCAAAGUGGGUGCCUUCAUUAAUACCUCGCCCUGCGUGAGAAGUAGCAACGGGCUGACGUUUUUUUGCAUUGAUUUUGGUUGAAAAAGCCUUUCUGUUGGGGAAAAAGGCUCGAGCUCUGAGUUACUUCAUAACAAAAAGAAAAAAUGCCUUCAUCCCCCAGCAGUGGGUUUUCAGGGUGGAUCUCUCAGCCCCUCCAUCCCAGCGCUGGAUGGAUGCUGGGCAGCGCGCGGUUUGGUGCCUAAUCUAGCAUGUCAAAUGUGCGAGGUGAUGUACGAGAAGAACUGUCACAACGGGCUCUGAAGAUCUGAGGGCGGAGGCAGGAGCAGAGCGAGGACACAAUGGUGCAGAUUGAUGUAUGGUUUUAUUAAGGCACAGUUUGCUGCGCGAUGGCAGACAUUGUGGCUCGCUCUUUAACGGUAAUGUCUUCUGUGCCGUUAAUACCGCGCCAUCGUGUACCUCGGCGAGUUUCAUCAGCAAGAGAAGUUUCUUAUUGCUGGUGCAAAAGUGGUGCACCCAGCCCUGCUGGAGAGAGUUAAAAAUAAGCAUCUUUCCUUUGAAGAUGCUCUGUUUUCCCCAUUAGAUUUCGGGAUGUUGCUAAGAUGUUUUUUAAUUUUCCCCGAGCACGCUCUGUUAAUUGGGCAGAGCUCAGCCCGUUGAUCAGCAGGUCUUGGUGCUUGCUGCUUUGCUCUCUCCCCAAUUACUCCAUGUAUCCGUCUCCUCUCUCUGCCAGACCCAAAAUCUGCCCAUCUCAAACGGACGGGUUUGUCUCAGACCUAUUUUCCACCAAACCCUCCCCACCGCUCUCAUGCAUGUUUCUACAACCGGAAUCUUCCAUUGCCGGAGCACAAACAAACUGCUCUGUGAGUCGAUCCAGGACUGGCCUCAGGCAAAGCAAUGGUUCCUUUGAUCUGGUAAAAACAUGGAGUUAGUGCCGACUGUCUGCUUGGUCCCUGCAUUGUCCCAGUUCUCCACAGUUAAUACAGAUGUGAUCCAAGAGCCCAGAGGGAUGAGCUGCUCCUUCAAAUACUCUUCUGUAGAUGUAUUUGCCCACUACCUGGACUGGGAAUCUGUGCUGGGAGGGGUGCUAUGUCCGGGUUGCGGAUCAGUCCUUACAGUUAUCUCACUGGGCUUUGGGUUUCCCCCUUGCAAUUUCAUGACUUGCAUUUUGUAGACUUAUGAGAGUCUUUGGGCUUCUCUUGUUUCUAUUCUGCUUUAUGAGGCGUAACCUUCAGAAAAUGCCUUAAUAUUUUAAAUUCUAUUGGCUGUUGCUAUUUCACAUGUCUCUUCAUUUAUUUGGGUAAUUUUUGUUGACUACAUGUUGAAAUUUCCAUUCUCCUUUCCCAGCUCUUUUUAUUUACCUAAAAUGUAAACAGGAAGGAUGUGGUUGAUGGGCUCCCAAUGGCUGCUGCCAUUCAGAAAUUCACUCUGUGUGCCCGUCUGGAGCAGAUUAGGGGGCUGGGGCCUUUCUGCACCCAGUGCAUGGUUUAACCAGGUAGGAGCCCAAGAUGGGAGUGCUUGCAGCCCCCCCAGUGAAUAUAGCAUUUAUUUAGGAGAGAAUUUAACAGUCUAACCCUGGCCCCACUUUGCAGAGGGGCCCAGACGCCUGGUCAAAGCUGGAUGGUUGUUUUUUUUCCCUUUUUGCUUCUUUAUUAGCUGGAAAAUCCCAGGAUUUCUGUGCUCAUGCAUGGUUUCCUUCUCUCCGCCCGUGUGGAGCCAGGCUGUCUGGGUGCCACGCAUUGAGGUCAGCCCUGUGCACCAGCCCCAGGAGCAGCGAGGUCGUCCUGUGGAAUUCCCAAAUUAGGACAGAUCCGUUGGGUUUGGGGUGCCCCUCUGCCAUGCACAAACCUGCAGGUUAGAUCUCACAUUGAUUUAUCAUUCCUGUCCAUCUUUCUGCUAAUUCGGAAUUGUCCAUACCCACCAGCUAGGACAUUGCACUGGAUAAAAUAUAAAUUAGUUGUUUGAGGUGGAGGGAAAUGGGGAUGAAUGACGCCUCACCAGGAAUUUGUCACCUCGGUUUCACAGCUUUUAACUUCCAUAAAUUGUGUUUUCUCUGGUGAAUGCUAUGAUCUGCCUGAAUUCUAAGUUGUUUUAUUUUUUUUAGUCAAAUACUGAUUAUCUGAAAUAUUCAAUUAAAACACAGCUAAGUAAGUCAGCUUUCUUCCUUGAAUCUGAACUAGCAUCAGGGGAUGCAAAGAUAUAAGUGAAGUUUUAUCACGUCUCAUUAAAACAACUGUUUGCAGAGGUCCAGGAACUUCAGCCUCCCGUUGGUCACAAUUAAGGUACAUGCAAUGAAGGUCAUCUAAAAAACAUACCUCGGUUUUACAUUUUUAGGUAAAGAUUGGGUUGGAUAGGAGGGCAGAGGGUGGGAAGGAACAUAUUGCACCCUCUGCACUGCCCCAGGAUGAGGGCUUUUAGCUCAAUGAACCCCAGGCUUUGUAAUUAGCAGCAGGGUGAUUAGAUUGACCACGUUUCUGGGAGUAAUUUGGGCACUAAUUGUGUUUGAUUGUUUAAUUACUCUUUCUUGCUGGGAUUGAGGAGAGCCGGUGAACCCUUCACAAGAGCUCCUGUGGGUUCUGUAGGUGGAAGCUGCAUCCCGGAUGGAGCAAGGCACAUUUGGCCAUUCCCUUGGUCUUAGCCAAGAUGCUGGUGCUGACCUGUGCUUGUGGGCAGACAGCAGCUGUACUUUUCAUCCACAUUAGUCUUUGGACAGCGGUAACAUUGCACAGAUAGAGAUUGGGGGUCAGUUUGUGAAGCUGGAGAGAGAUACAAAUUAAUGUAUGUAUUGUAGUUUUGGUAGUGGAAACUCUUCUGUUGUUAAUGUGCACAAGAAGCAAUUGCUUAUGUUGCAUCGAGGAGCAGAUCUUGCUGCAUUGCACUGCGUGUGUUUCCUUUGACUUUGCUUCCCCCUGGUACCCAUCACCUUGGCAUGGUGCAUGUUGGUACCACUGGCCAUGCACGUGUACCCCAUGCAGUGUGCUUUCUGCAGGCUCUCACAGAUGCUGCUGCCUUGACAUGCUGUGCUUUGUACUUCAGGGCUGAUGCAUCCUGCUGAGGAGACGGAGCUUUCACUUGCUCUGCUUUUUUUAUUUCUUUGGCAGCAGAAAUAUUGCCUUAGGGCACCGCGAUGCAGGAUCUUACAAGUGAAAGAUAAGACAGCUGUAACAUAAGAGAAAUGUAAGAUAAGAGAAAUUUGAAGAUGGGGCCUGGAGAGCAAGGAGGGGGUGGUUGCAGGAAGAUGUGGUUUAGUGGGUAUUGUGGUGAUGGGCUGUGGUUGGACUAGAUGAUCACAGAACCACCAUGGUUGGAGAAGACUUAGGAUUCCCAACCCCCCAUGCCCACUGCCCAUAUCUCCCCGUGGCGCUGGGGACACCCCGUGGGACAGGGACCCUCUCCCCAAACCCACACAGCAUCUUUGCCCCUCUCUCUGGAGAUGCUCCAUAGCCUCAAUACCUUUCCAACCUUAAAGAUUCUAUGAUUCUAUCAUUCUAAGCAGACAAACUCAUCCUCACACCAGCUGCCUCCUUCCCCAGCGUGUCUCUCCCGGAGCCAGGGGAGGCAGUGGGGUGGGGACCCCCUGUUGUCUGCAGCAGUGGUGUUGGCAAGGCUGACAUGUCACUGCCCUAAUGGGACCUGACAAGGGGCCAUUGAGCUGCUGCUUGGGGAACUCAAUGGUUAACUUCCACUGCGGCAUGUCAGGGCAGAGGGCAGAAAGAAGUAAUCGGAAAGGUGCUGGUGAAGCUGGAAAGAUUGAGUUAACUGGGGCUUCUGUGUCAGUGCCUCGGACCUUUGGUAAACAGACUGUAUGAUCUAAAUACCGUGCGACUCUUCCCCCAAACUGCAAUUCAGGUUAGUGUAAUGCGGAGGGGAGGAAGAGGGUAACAGAAAAUUGGUGCUGCACAGAAUUCUGCAGGUUUUAAGUCACAUCCGCAGUGACCCAUAUAUGUCUCCUUUAAAAGAAAAACAAUCAUUUAUUUGUUAUUAGUUUGUGGGUAUGAAGUCACCCUCGUCCUUUUUGCUUUCAUGAGGCUGGGAGAGGUUUGUUUUAUUUCUGUUGUUUCUAAUGGUGAUUUCAUUUUCCCCUGGCUGAUAUAUACCUGUGGACCAAACCUGAUGGAAACUGGCACUUCCUCCUCUGUGCUGUUAAAAUAACAGUGGUUGAGGCACCACGCUGUGUGUUAUCUGUUUCCCUCUGUAUUUUUAUGGAUUUCAUGGGGUUUUAAUAGAAGAGCUGUUUCCAGAUAAGAGCAAGGCAUGAAAGGCCCCAAGUUGCCAUUGCAGUGCUGAUUGCAGGUGAGCUUUCCAUCCGCUGCUGUGCUCCCAGGGCCACCGCAUGAGCACGGCCGCGGCGGGUGAUGGCCUCGCAGCCCAGGCUGGCCCACGUCCUGCUGCUGGGCCUCCUGGCCGGCUGGCUGAGGGCUGCACAGCCCCGCGACUUCACGGUGAAGGACAUCGUCUACCUCCACCCCUCCACCACCCCAUUUCCUCAUGGAUUUAAAUGUUUCACCUGUGAAAGGGCAGCAGAUAAUUACGAAUGCAACCGCUGGGCUCCGGAUGUCUACUGCCCCAGAGGUACGAGGUACUGCUUCAGCCAGCACAUGAUGAGAGUUACUGGAGAGAGCGUGUCCGUCACCAAGCGCUGUGUGCCCCUGGAGGACUGUCUGUCUACUGGAUGCACAUACAUAAAGCACGAGGAGUACAAGAUCUGCACAUCCUGCUGUGAAGGCACCAUCUGCAACCUGCCGCUGCCCAGGAAUGCAAGUGAUGCUGUGUUCACCACCCUGUCCCCCCUCAGCAGCACCCCAGGGCUGUCAGGUCGUGCCGUGCUGACGGCAGUGUGCCUCCUGCUGGGGCUCAUGGCAUAGACCAGGAUCCAGACCCACGCUUCAGAACUGCAUCUGAAAACUGACUCUGUUCAUUGGUGAUACCGGUAAGGAGAUGGAUUCAAAAAGGAGGAAAAUCCACAUUUCUCUGCUGGUUUUGGAAGAAACUCAGGCAAGAUGUGCCCGGAUUUCAGGCCUAGAUUUUUCCUAAUGUCUAUCUAUCUAGUCUCUGUGACUUUUCUUAUUUAGAAGUACCACAUCGCUGCCACCUCCUUUUACCAUUGCUCACUCAUUCUGAAUGCUCUUGUUGGCAUCAUUCAUUGUCACAGCAGUCAACCCAGUGUCCUGCUUGCCUGGUCUGGAAAAACACAUUGAAUAACACACAGGAUAAGCAACAAAGAUAAAAGUUGGAUAUUAGGAACCGUUCCUUCCCCAAAACAGUCAGACACUGCACUGGAUGGGGGGGUCACCAUCACUGGGGGUGUCCCAGAGCCAUGGAUGUGGCACUGAGGGAUGUGGGCAUGGGGGGGGUGGGGUUGGGGAUCCUCGAUGGCUCCCUGUGGUCCUUGGUUUGGUUGGGCACCACAUAUGCAAUAUUUAUUUCUGUAUAUUGAGUAGGCUCUGAAGCAUUUAAAAAGUUCUUAGUGCUGAUAUUGCUGGGGGAAAAAGAAAUGGUUGUGCAAGUGGGUGAGCCUGUAGUAUAUAAAUUAUCAUAAGAGUAUCUAUAUAUAUAUAUAAAAAUAUAACAUUUUGCGUCACUGUUGAAAACAAAUCAACUCCUUUUUUCCCUUAAUCUCAGCUCUCUGACAGGGCGUCCAUGGUCUUGUUUUAAAGGAGCUUCACAGAACAACUUACUUCCCAAAUUGUUCUUUUCUGAACUCAGGUUGGCCAGUCGUGCUCCAAGGAGCUUUACCCAGUUACAGCUUAUGCUCUGCUGUGCUUUUCUUUGGGUGAGCUACAGCAAAAAGUGUGGGCAGGAGGAGGAAAUGCUGCAUUCCCAGUGCUGUGUGCAGCCCUUUGGCUUCAGAGCUGUGAUCCCUGCUGAAGUGCUGUUAGUGGAGGAGAAUGGAGAGGGGCUCUCACACUUUGGCUUUGGGGUAGGAAAGCACACUGGAUGCUUUGGUACCUCUUGAUGUGAGGAUUUUGGUGGUGUGUUUUUGUUUUUUUUGGGGGGUUUUUUAAACUAAUUAAUUAACGAACCUAUGUAUUUCCUAGUCAAAAUUGCUACACUGAUUCCUCCUGCAGUCAGAGGAGGAAAAAGUGGCCUUGUUCCUUUACUGAGAUGGGGUGAAUGGCAUCAGCUCAGGCCCACGACAGGGUGGGGACAGGCCAUGGAGAAGAAGCUGAGCCCCCACACAUGAAUCUCCCUCUGCUCUCUCCUCGUGGGUCUCUUCGGGCAUAUAAUGCUGAGCUGUACCAUAUUUAUUUUUAGGCUGGGAGAUGCCUUUUAAAUGCCUAAUUUUUUAACUAUUGUAAAUGUUGUACAGUUAUACAAAUAAAUAAAUGUUUUAAUCAUA